AUGGCGGAGCGGGCUGUUGCAAAUGGCACAGUCAGGCUCGAUAGUAGCGUCCUCGGCAGCUUCAAGCCGUCCAAGGCCUUCAAUAAGACUACAAGUCCCAUUACAUCCAUCGAUUUUGAUGAUGCGGGAGAACACCUGAUCACGGCCAGUCAAGACGAAACGAUACAGUUGUAUGAUAUCAAGCAAGGGAAGCAUCUUAAAACGCUCUUUAGCAAGAAAUACGGCGUCCAUCUGGCGCGAUUCACGCACAAAUCGUCCAAUUGCAUCUAUGCAUCAACCAAAGGCGACGACGGUCUCAGAUAUCUGUCGCUGCAUGACAACAGCUAUGUUCGAUAUCUCAAAGGUCACACAGGCACUGUUACUUCGUUGGAAGUGUCUCCAUGCGAUGACACUGUGAUCAGUGCGGCACAAGACGGCACAGUCAGGCUAUGGGACCUCAAUUCACCGACGUGCCACGGCCUGCUUCAUAUACCCUCACCCUCACUUGCUGUAUUUGAUCCAACAGGUCAACUCUUUGCCGUGGCGAGUCAUCGACUGGGUUCCAUUUUGCUCUAUGACUUGCGCAAUUUCGACAAGGAACCCUUCAGCACAUUCACACUGACAGAUGACCUCUUCCUCAACAAGUUUUCAUUCCCUCCAAGAAUGCCAGAGUGGACAAAAGUUGACUUCUCCAAUGAUGGCAAAUGGCUGCUCGUCGGAACAAGAGGCGAAGGACACUACAUCCUCGAUGCGUUUACAGGCGAGAUGCGCUUCAGGCUAACAGGCCACCAGCCAACCAAUGCUACAGCCCCUUCUAGUGGUGAAAUUUGCUUCACACCCGAUGGCCGACAUGUCUUGGCUGCAAGUGGGAACAAGACGCUCAUCAUGUGGGAUCUAGGCAACACCCAAGCAGUGACGAGAGAUAAGUCGCUUCCACCGGCCAAGGUCAUUUCCUCUGGUGGUGUAGAAUCAGCACGCGUACUGGCAUUCAGUCCCAAGAGCGCGAUGCUUGCUACGGCAGAUACGGAACUCACCAUGUGGUUGCCUGAUAUGAAAUAG